GCCGCCGCCGCAGCCGGGCGCCCCCCGCCCCCCCGCCCGCCCCCGCCCGCCCCCUCCCCCUCCCCCGGGGCCCGGGAGCGGAAGGGGAUGGCGUCGGGCCUGGGCUCCCCGUCCCCGUGCUCGGCGGGCAGCGAGGACGACGACAUGGACGCGCUGCUCAACAACAGCCUGCCGCCGCCCCACCCAGAAAACGAAGAGGAUCCCGAAGAGGACUUGUCGGAAGCAGAGACCCCAAAGCUGAAGAAGAAGAAGAAGCCCAAGAAACCCCGAGACCCGAAAAUCCCUAAGAGCAAGCGCCAGAAGAAGGAGCGUUUGCUCUUGUGCCGGCAGCUGGGGGACAGCUCUGGGGAGGGCCCCGAGUUCGUGGAGGAGGAGGAGGAGGUGGCCCUGCGCUCGGACAGCGAGGGCAGUGACUACACGCCCGGCAAGAAGAAGAAGAAGAAGCUGGGGCCCAAGAAGGAGAAGAAGAGCAAGUCCAAGCGCAAGGAGGAGGAGGAGGAGGAGGAGGACGACGACGACUCCAAGGAGCCCAAGUCCUCGGCUCAGCUCCUGGAGGAGUGGGGCAUGGAGGACAUCGACCACGUGUUCUCGGAGGAGGACUACCGCACGCUCACCAACUACAAGGCCUUCAGCCAGUUCGUCCGACCCCUCAUCGCGGCCAAGAACCCCAAGAUCGCCGUCUCCAAGAUGAUGAUGGUGCUGGGGGCCAAGUGGAGGGAGUUCAGCACCAACAACCCCUUCAAGGGCAGCUCGGGGGCCUCGGUGGCCGCUGCCGCCGCCGCCGCCGUGGCCGUGGUGGAGAGCAUGGUGACCGCCACCGAGGCGGCCCCGCCACCGCCCGUGGAGGUGCCCAUCCGCAAGGCCAAGACCAAGGAGGGCAAAGGUCCCAACGCUCGGAGGAAGCCCAAGGAGCCCCGCGUCCCCGACGCCAAGAAGCCCAAGCCCAAGAAAGUGGCUCCCCUCAAGAUCAAGCUGGGGGGCUUCGGCUCCAAGCGGAAGAGGUCCUCGAGCGAGGACGACGACCUGGACGUGGAGUCGGACUUCGACGACGCCAGCAUCAACAGCUACUCGGUGUCGGACGGCUCCACCAGCCGCAGCAGCCGCAGCCGCAAGAAGCUGCGCACCACCAAGAAGAAGAAGAAAGGCGAGGAGGAGGUGACUGCUAUGGAUGGUUAUGAGACAGACCACCAGGACUAUUGCGAGGUGUGCCAGCAAGGCGGCGAGAUCAUCCUGUGCGACACGUGCCCGCGAGCCUACCACAUGGUGUGCCUGGACCCCGACAUGGAGAAGGCCCCCGAGGGCAAGUGGAGCUGCCCGCACUGCGAGAAGGAGGGCAUCCAGUGGGAGGCCAAGGAUGAGAACUCGGAGGGCGAGGAGAUCCUGGAGGAGGUCGGGGGCGACCCCGAGGAGGAGGACGACCACCACAUGGAGUUCUGCCGCGUGUGCAAGGACGGCGGGGAGCUGCUCUGCUGCGACACCUGUCCCUCCUCCUACCACAUCCACUGCCUCAACCCGCCGCUGCCCGAGAUCCCCAACGGGGAGUGGCUCUGCCCCCGCUGCACGUGCCCGGCUCUGAAGGGCAAGGUGCAGAAGAUCCUCAUCUGGAAGUGGGGUCAGCCGCCGUCCCCCACGCCCGUGCCGCGGCCCCCCGACGCCGACCCCAGCACGCCCUCCCCGAAGCCCCUGGAGGGCCGGCCGGAGCGGCAGUUCUUCGUGAAGUGGCAGGGCAUGUCGUACUGGCACUGCUCCUGGGUGUCGGAGCUGCAGCUGGAGCUGCACUGCCAGGUCAUGUUCCGCAACUACCAGCGCAAGAACGACAUGGACGAGCCGCCGUCGGGGGACUUCGGGGGCGACGAGGAGAAGAGCCGCAAGCGCAAGAACAAGGACCCCAAGUUCGCGGAGAUGGAGGAGCGCUUCUACCGCUACGGGAUCAAGCCCGAGUGGAUGAUGGUGCACCGCAUCCUCAACCACAGCGUGGACAAGAAGGGCCACGUGCACUACCUGAUCAAGUGGCGCGACCUGCCCUACGACCAGGCGUCGUGGGAGAGCGAGGACGUGGAGAUCCAGGACUACGACCUGUUCAAGCAGAGCUACUGGAACCACAGGGAGCUGAUGCGGGGCGAGGAGGGCCGGCCCGGCAAGAAGCUGAAGAAGGUGAAGCUGCGGAAGCUGGAGCGGCCGCCCGAGACGCCCACGGUCGACCCCACGGUGAAGUACGAGCGGCAGCCCGAGUACCUGGACGCCACGGGCGGCACCCUGCACCCCUACCAGAUGGAGGGCCUCAACUGGCUGCGCUUCUCCUGGGCGCAGGGCACCGACACCAUCCUGGCCGACGAGAUGGGGCUGGGGAAGACGGUGCAGACCGCCGUGUUCCUCUACUCCCUCUACAAGGAGGGCCACUCCAAAGGCCCCUUCCUGGUGAGUGCGCCCCUGUCCACCAUCAUCAACUGGGAGCGCGAGUUCGAGAUGUGGGCCCCGGACAUGUACGUGGUCACCUACGUGGGCGACAAGGACAGCCGCGCCAUCAUCCGCGAGAACGAGUUCUCCUUCGAGGACAACGCCAUCCGCGGGGGCAAGAAGGCCUCCCGCAUGAAGAAAGAGGCCUCGGUGAAGUUCCACGUGCUGCUCACGUCCUACGAGCUGAUCACCAUCGACAUGGCCAUCCUGGGCUCCAUCGACUGGGCCUGCCUCAUCGUGGACGAGGCCCACCGGCUGAAGAACAACCAGUCCAAGUUCUUCCGGGUUCUCAAUGGCUACUCGCUGCAGCACAAGCUGCUGCUCACGGGGACGCCCCUGCAGAACAAUCUGGAAGAGUUGUUCCACCUGCUCAACUUCCUCACCCCCGAGAGGUUCCACAACCUGGAGGGCUUCCUGGAGGAGUUCGCGGACAUCGCCAAGGAAGACCAGAUCAAGAAGCUGCACGACAUGCUGGGGCCGCACAUGCUGCGGCGGCUCAAGGCGGACGUGUUCAAGAACAUGCCGUCCAAGACGGAGCUGAUCGUGCGCGUGGAGCUCAGCCCCAUGCAGAAGAAGUACUACAAGUACAUCCUCACGCGCAACUUCGAGGCCCUGAACGCGCGCGGCGGCGGCAACCAGGUGUCGCUGCUGAACGUGGUGAUGGACCUGAAGAAGUGCUGCAACCACCCGUACCUCUUCCCCGUGGCCGCCAUGGAGGCCCCCAAGAUGCCCAACGGCAUGUACGACGGCAGCGCCCUCAUCCGGGCGUCGGGGAAGCUGCUGCUGCUGCAGAAGAUGCUCAAGAACCUCAAGGAGGGCGGCCACCGCGUGCUCAUCUUCUCCCAGAUGACCAAGAUGCUGGACCUGCUGGAGGACUUCCUGGAGCACGAGGGCUACAAGUACGAGCGCAUCGACGGCGGCAUCACGGGGAACAUGCGCCAGGAGGCCAUCGACCGCUUCAACGCGCCGGGUGCUCAGCAGUUCUGCUUCUUGCUCUCCACUCGCGCCGGGGGCCUGGGCAUCAACCUGGCCACAGCUGACACAGUUAUUAUUUAUGACUCUGACUGGAACCCCCAUAACGACAUUCAGGCCUUCAGCCGGGCCCACCGCAUCGAGAACAAGAAGGUGAUGAUCUACCGCUUCGUGACGCGGGCGUCGGUGGAGGAGCGCAUCACGCAGGUGGCGAAGAAGAAGAUGAUGCUCACGCACCUGGUGGUGCGGCCGGGCCUGGGCUCCAAGACGGGCUCCAUGUCCAAGCAGGAGCUGGACGACAUCCUCAAGUUCGGCACGGAGGAGCUGUUCAAGGACGAAGCCACGGACGGGGGAGGAGACAGCAAGGAAGGCGAGGACAGCAGCGUCAUCCAUUACGACGACAAGGCCAUCGAGCGGCUGCUGGACCGCAACCAGGAUGAGACGGAGGACACGGAGCUGCAGGGCAUGAACGAGUACCUGAGCUCCUUCAAGGUGGCGCAGUACGUGGUGCGGGAAGAGGAGAUGGGGGUGAGAAGAGGAGUGGAGCGGGAGAUCAUCAAGCAGGAGGAGAGCGUGGACCCCGACUACUGGGAGAAGCUGCUGCGGCACCACUACGAGCAGCAGCGAGACCUGGCGCGCAACCUGGGCAAGGGCAAGCGCAUCCGCAAGCAGGUCAACUACAACGACGGCUCGCAGGAGGACCGAGAUUGGCAGGACGACCAGUCCGACAACCAGUCCGAUUACUCGGUGGCCUCCGAGGAAGGCGAUGAGGACUUUGAUGAGCGAUCGGAAGCUCCCCGCAGGCCCAGCCGCAAGGGCCUGCGCAAUGAUAAAGACAAGCCAUUGCCGCCUCUGCUGGCCCGCGUCGGGGGGAAUAUCGAGGUGCUGGGCUUCAACGCGCGCCAGCGGAAGGCGUUCCUGAACGCCAUCAUGCGGUACGGCACGCCGCAGGACGCCUUCACCACGCAGUGGCUCGUCCGCGACCUCCGCGGCAAGUCGGAGAAGGAGUUCAAGGCCUACGUCUCCCUCUUCAUGCGGCAUCUGUGCGAGCCGGGGGCCGACGGGGCCGAGACGUUCGCGGACGGGGUCCCCCGAGAAGGACUCUCUCGCCAGCACGUCCUCACCAGGAUCGGGGUGAUGUCCUUGAUUCGCAAGAAGGUGCAGGAGUUCGAGCACGUGAACGGGCGCUGGAGCAUGCCGGAACUGGCCGAGGUCGAGGAAAGCAAGAAAAUGUCCCAGCCGGGGUCUCCCUCUCCCAACCCGACGCCCUCCACGCCGGGGGACACCCAGCCCAACACGCCCGCCCCUGCGCCCCCCGCCGGUGAAGGACGCGUCAAGCUAGAGGAGAACAGCCUCAAGGAGGAGGAGAGCGCCGACGGGGACAAGGAGGCCAAGGCCGCCGCGGCGCCCGAGGCGGGCGCGGAGUGUGUCCAGCCGCCCGCCCCGGCCGCAGAGGAGGAAAAGGCCCUGGCUGAGCCUCCUGGUGGCGAGGAGAAAGUGGAAAAGGCUGACGUGAAGGAGAGGACAGAGGAGCCCAUGGACACGGAGGCCAAAGGUGCGGCCGACGUGGAGAAGGUGGAGGAGAAGCCGCCCAUCGACCUCACCCCCGUGGUGGUGGAGGACAAGGACGAGAAGAAGGAGGAGGAGGAGAAGAAGGAGCUGCUGCUGCAGAACGGGGAGACGCCCAAGGAGCUGAGCGACGACAAGCAGAAGAAGAGCGCCAAGCAGCGCUUCAUGUUCAACAUCGCCGACGGCGGCUUCACGGAGCUGCACUCGCUGUGGCAGAACGAGGAGCGCGCGGCCACCGUCACCAAGAAGACCUACGAGAUCUGGCACCGGCGCCACGACUACUGGCUGCUGGCCGGCAUCAUCAACCACGGCUACGCGCGGUGGCAGGACAUCCAGAACGACCCGCGCUACGCCAUCCUCAACGAGCCCUUCAAGGGCGAGAUGAACCGCGGCAACUUCCUCGAGAUCAAGAACAAGUUCCUGGCGCGCAGGUUCAAGCUCCUGGAGCAGGCCCUGGUGAUCGAGGAGCAGCUGCGCAGGGCCGCGUACCUGAACAUGUCGGAGGACCCCUCGCACCCCUCCAUGGCCCUCAACACGCGCUUCGCCGAGGUGGAGUGCCUGGCCGAGAGCCACCAGCACCUGUCCAAGGAGUCCAUGGCCGGGAACAAGCCGGCCAACGCCGUCCUGCACAAAGUCCUGAAGCAGCUGGAGGAGCUCCUGAGCGACAUGAAGGCGGACGUCACGCGCCUCCCGGCCACCAUCGCGCGGAUCCCCCCGGUGGCCGUGCGGCUGCAGAUGUCGGAGCGCAACAUCCUCAGCCGCCUGGCGAGCCGGGCCCCGGAGCCGCCCCCGCAGCAGGUGGCUCAGCAGCAGUGAAGCGCCGGUGGCGGCCGCGGUCGGCUCGGUGCCGCCUCUCCCCGC